CGACGAACCAAGCGCCAUCACGAUAUUAUAUUAAUAUGUAAGCUGCUCAACGUUAUUGGCGGCUGGCCACGGGUUCCACUCUUCGGAUUCCAAUGCUUCCAAAUUCGCAAGUUGUUCAAAUACCACUAAUCGUGUGGUCAUACCCAGGCUCAGGCUUUAGUUGAUCUGUCUUCCCAGAAACCAUGGACAGCGCACCUACAGAUUCUACUCACCUGGAUUGGAGCAACGUCGGCCUCGGCUUCUCCUUCAUUAUUUUCAAUGCCCUCAUUUCUACUUCGCUACAACUCGGAGUAGGAUCGUCGCUACUCUCCGCGGCUAUACGAUGUGUAGUGCAGUUGGGGCUAGUGGCGAUGGUGUUGCAGAAAGUGUUCGAGACAAAUAAUCCAUGGGCAGUGGGCGGUAUUGCAUGUUUGAUGAAUUUACUAGGAACUGUCGAGGCAGUUAUAAACAAGUCUAAAAAGCGCUACAAUUACAUGUUCUCUUGCGUACUGUUUGGUAUGCUGUGCUCGACGAUACCUGUCUCUAUCAUUGGCAUCCGCUUCGCCAUGGUCAUAGAGCCGUUCUGGAAGCCCGAACAAUAUAUUCCAAUUGUUGGUAUGUUAUGUGGAGGCACGGUCUCGGGAAUCGUUGUUGCCGUGUCCUAUGUACUGCGGGAGAUAUACGACAAUCGCGACAAAGUCGAAAUGUACCUCUCAUUUGGAGCAUCGCGUUUUGAAGCAUGUAGACCUGUUGCACGAGAAGCUCUCCGUCUUGCACUGGCUCCAACGAUCAGCCAAAUGAGCGUGAUCGGAAUCAUUGCUAUUCCAGGCAUGAUGACCGGUGCCAUACUUGGUGGCUCUUCAGUUCAGCAGGCAGCGCGGCUCCAGAUGGUUAUCAUGUUUAUGAUUUCCGCCUCCACAGCACUUGCAGCGAUUAUCACCACGGUUACAACGCUUGCUAUCGUCGUCGAUAACGAGGACCGCCUCCGCCCAGACCGCGUCGAUGUACGCGACCAUCCGGUCUGGCGUGCGAGGAACUGGCUCUUCAGUCGAGCAGUGGACGGGGUGAAACAUACGGUGCGGAGCUGUCGUGGGCUCAUACGCAAGGACCGACAGAAUGGGGUUGCGGAGACGGACAGGUUGCUGGGCUGAUGCUCAUCCUGUUCGAUCUAUCAAACUAUAAUUUUUUUCUGCGUGGUGUCCACACCCUUCGUUCAGAUCCUAUCGUUUAUGGACGAUUAUUCUAUACCCAAUGGUGGAAAUACAUAAACAUUGUUACUAUGU